UAUAGACAACGACAUACAGCAAAUAAAAUGUAUAUUCAAUUGAAUGCUUGAAUGUUGUAUUAAACUCAAAGUGUAGAGAAAGCCUAACAUAUAUAAUACCAUUAGUUAUAAUAUAUUGUAUAUUAUUUUGUGACUCUUUUAGUCAGUCAGUCAGUCAUUCAUUGAAUGGAAACAUAUUUUUAUAUAUUAUAUUAAAAAUCACAGCAUUUUGUUGUAUUGGCCACUCAUUGUCCAUACAUUGACCGCCCGAUUGUCCACCAAAACAGCAACGGACAACAACAACAUCAUCGUCAUUGUUAUCAUCCAACAACUGAUCCAUAAGAAGAAGAAGAAGAAGACAUGAGCGAAGACCGACUUGAAAGGGACAGAAAUAAGAAGAUGAGAGUAAGCGCCGACAGCGUCAGCGGCGGUUCGUCAUCGAUGGCGGCCGCCGGGUCGGUGACGGGCGGCGCCAGCGGUAACAGUUCGCAAACAAGUGCGACGGCGGCUGCGGUAGCGGCCGCCGGCACCAGUGCCAACACCACUGUUAACCGGCAUGUGGCCAGACAUACGAACAAUAACAACAAUAGUGUUAACGGCAACAGCGGCAGCCAAACCAAUACUACUACUACUACUAGUAAUAGCAAUGAUAGACAAAACGGUGACAAUAAAGACAACGUCAGUAAAGACAUUAAAAUGAAUCCAAAGAUGUCGAAAGCCUUGAGUACUAGCGCUAAGAGAAUUCAGAAGGAGUUGGCAGAAAUUACAUUAGAUCCGCCACCAAAUUGCAGCGCCGGACCUAAAGGCGAUAACCUCUACGAAUGGGUUUCAACUAUUCUUGGACCUCCCGGAUCCGUAUACGAAGGCGGCGUCUUUUUCCUUGACAUUCACUUUUCACCGGAAUAUCCAUUCAAACCACCAAAGGUAACAUUUCGGACCCGUAUAUACCAUUGCAAUAUCAAUAGCCAGGGUGUCAUCUGUCUGGACAUACUGAAAGAUAACUGGAGUCCAGCGCUAACCAUAUCCAAGGUGUUGCUCUCUAUAUGUUCACUAUUGACCGAUUGUAAUCCAGCUGACCCGUUAGUUGGUAGUAUUGCCACUCAAUUUCUACAGCAUAAGGAUGAACACGACCGGAUCGCCCGAUUGUGGACCAAACGUUAUGCCACAUAAUUACCGUUUAUUAAAAAAAAUAAAUAUAAAUAGGGUUUCCGAUUGUUUAUUGCAUAUAUAAUAACUAAUUUGAUUUCACCCAUUGAUCUAUAAUAGUUGAGUGAUCGUAAUAGUCAUUUACCAGCAAAUAUCAUGUCAUUUGAACGAUUCAAUUAUAAUUUAAAUUUAUAAUUAAAAAACAAAUUAUCGAC